AUGGACGGCCAGAAAAGCCAGGCGAAGCUCACCAGGACCAGCUCGUCGCUCCUCCGCUUCUCCCCGAGCGUCCGAUCAUCCAUCCAGAGCCUGUCCUCUGUGAGCGAUAUCGAGGCGGACGACCUCGAGGAGCAGAAGCCCCACGGCAGACCGGUCCGACCCGGUCAGUCGCGGCUGGCACCGGUCCUUGCCGUGAUCCUCCUCUCAACCUACACGACCUUCUCAUACGAAGGGGAUUUGGUCGAUGGGAGGUACGACGGCCAUGGGAUUGAGAGCUGGGCGAGAGGAAGCAAGUACAGAGGGCAGUACAUGCAGGGCUUGAGGCAUGGCUAUGGCGUUUACAAGUUAUAUACUGGGGAUUCUUAUGCUGGGGAGUGGUGUAAUGGGCAAGGCCACGGCGUUGGGGUGCAGACUUGUGGUGAUGGGAGCUGUUUCAUUGGGGAGUUCAAGCGUGGGGUGAAGCAUGGUCUUGGCUGUUUGGGGUAUUAUUUUUUUUGA